AUGGCAACCAAGAGGCAGAGGAAGCCGAGCAUCGGCCGCCAGAAGAUCGAAAUCAAGCGCAUCGAAAACGAGGAAGCCCGCCAGGUGUGCUUCUCAAAGCGCCGCGCUGGCCUCUUCAAGAAAGCCAACGAGCUCUCCAUCCUCUGCGGCGCUCAAGUCAGCCUCCUGGUCUUCUCUCCGGCAGGCAAGCCCUUCUCGUUCGGCCACCCCUCCGUCGACUACGUCGUUGACCUCCUGGUCUUCUCUCCGGCAGGCAAGCCCUUCUCGUUCGGCCACCCCUCCGUCGACUACGUCGUUGACCGGUACCUAAUGGGCCGGGCCAACGGGCCAAGGGAGAGUACCUCGACUUCUAGAGGGGUCACAUUGAACGUCUCGGGCCUCAACGAGAGGUAUUCGUCGUUGACAGCGAAGUACGAGGCGGAGAAGAAGAGGAAGGGGGGGUUGGAGAGGGUGAUGAAGGAGGUUUGGCUCGGAGACGGUCAGCUCGACGGGGUCGGAUUGGAGGGGCUCGAGUGGUUGAAGAUGAGGCUUGAGAGCUUGAAGAGGGAGGUGGAGAUGGUGAUGAUGAGCCAUAUUAUUGCUCCUCCGCCUACUACUUUUGAGUUUUGUAUGGCGGGGAAUCCGGUUCCGUACCACGAAGGGUGUUUUGGUAAUUUCGGGGAGAAUCAGGGGCAGUUGUAUUUGCCACCUCCCCCUCCUACUCUUCCUUUUACUAGUGAUAGUGUUAUUAUCGCUAAUGGAAGCAAUGGGUUUGGUUACGGUGAGGAUUAUGAGGAAUGGUUGAAGGGAGGGUUUUAA